AAAAAAUAAACAAGAAAACCACAGUCCCUCUCAUUUCCCCCCUCACUCUCUCUCUCUCUGUCUCUCCCACUCUCUCUCUACAACUGUGUUUCUUCUCCCUCCGAAAUUCCAAAAUUGCUCCCCAUUUCCCCACACCCAAACCCGUAAAGACUCUACAUUUGAAUUCCCCAAUGGUUGAUCUCUCGAUCCAGUUCAAUUUCGGUUGACAAGGACAGAGUUUUCACCUAUCUGGACUCCUUGACUCACUGAGUCGGUAAGAAAAGCUUGAAAUGCUUGAAGCGGCGGUCGAGAGCACGGUGGUGGUGAAUGGCGGGUACGCGCAGUUGCAGCAGCAGAGCUGCGGCGGCGGCGACAGCAGCGAAGAAGAGCUCUCUGUCCUGCCACGUCACACUAAGGUCGUUGUGACCGGUAAUAAUCGGACUAAGUCGGUGCUGGUUGGGCUCCAGGGCGUGGUGAAGAAAGCUGUUGGGCUCGGCGGGUGGCAUUGGCUGGUCCUCACAAAUGGCAUAGAGGUAAAGCUACAAAGGAAUGCUCUUAGUGUGCUCGAAGCUCCUACUGGUAAUGAGGAAGACGACGACCUCGAAUUUGAAAACGUGCAGUGGAAUGGAUCAGAUUUGGCAUCCGAUGACACGCAAAAAUCUCAUAGGUCGCGACAUCGCACACACAAAUCCUCUGGUUCAUCCCACAAGACUAUGAGCAGGUCCCUCUCUUGUGACUCGCAAUCAAAAGGAUCCGUUACUACUCCUCGGGGGUCCACGGUUGACUUAAGCAAGCUGGAGAUGGCUGCAUUGUGGAGAUAUUGGCGACACUUCAAUCUUGUGGAUGCCAUCCCUAACCCAUCUAAAGAACAACUAAUUGAUGUUGUCCAGAGGCAUUUCAUGUCACAGCAACUGGAUGAAUUGCAGGUCAUUGUCGGGUUUGUGAAAGCCGCGAAGAGACUAAAGACUCCGUGCAAAUAAACCUCGAGAGAUAAGUGAGAGGUACCGGAAGAGAGAUCUUGAAUUUCUUGUUGACGCGCUAACAGAUGGUAGUUCCUAAAAUGCCCCCGCAUUCCCUCUGCAGUGAUAAUUGUAAAAUAUGUUUAUCCCUGGCUUGUUUGCGUCUUUUGUUGUGGCUAGCAGUACUCCUUUUAAGUUAUAGAGAGGUUCUCACUUCUUGGUUAGUAGCUGUAGUUGUGUAGAUAUGAUGUAAAACUGGUGAAGACUUGUGACUUUCUAAGCUUGGUUGAAUGUAUUGCUGCAAUUGGGGAA